UAUUUAUACACCCUCCUCUCUCCUCUCUUCCCUCCACCUCCUUUUACUACUACACCAUUUACACCCUUCAUCAUCAGUAUCCUUCUCUCUCUCUCUCUCUCUCUCUCUCUCUCUCUCUCUCUCUCACCAUAUAUAUAUAGACACUACUAUAUAUCUCUAAUAGACUAGUAGUAGUAUCCUUCAUCCUUCAUCCUUCAUCCUUCAUCCUUCAUCCUCCAUCCUCAAUAAUAAUUGUUGAAAAUUAAAUUUAUAUAUAGAAUUGUUGUAACGGAGAUGGUGCGGAGGGCGCCGGAGACGGAGGAGCUGUUCGGGCGGCGGUGCGUGUGGGUGAACGGGCCGAUAAUAGUGGGGGCGGGGCCGUCGGGGCUGGCGGUGGCGGCGUGCCUGCGGGAGCGCGGGGUGCCGUUCGAGGUGCUGGAGCGGUCGGACUGCAUCGCGUCGCUGUGGCAGCGCCGGACCUACGACCGCCUCAAGCUGCACCUGCCCAAGCAGUUCUGCCAGCUGCCCAUGAUGCCCUUCCCGGCAGACUACCCGGACUACCCCACCAAGCGCCAGUUCGUCGACUACCUGCAGGCCUACGCCGCGCGCUUCGCCAUCGCCCCGCGCUUCGGCCAGGCCGUGCAGUCCGCGCGCUUCGACGACACGUCCGGGCUCUGGCGCGUCCGUACGACGCCGGCGGCCGCCGCCCCCGAUGAUGACGACGACGAUCGCCGGAGCUCCGGCGAGGUGGAGUACAUAGGCAGGUGGGUGGUGGUGGCGACGGGGGAGAACGCGGAGCGCGUCGCGCCGGAGAUCGAGGGGCUUGCGGAGUGCUUCGGAGCGGCAGCGGCGGUGGCGCACGUCGCGGACUACAAGCGCGGCGAGGCGUACCGCGGGAAGCGCGUGCUCGUCGUCGGCUGCGGGAACUCCGGCAUGGAGGUCUGCCUCGACCUCUGCGAGCACAAUGCCUUCCCCGCCAUGGUCGUCCGUGACUCGAUUCAUGUAUUGCCGAGAGAGGUUCUCGGAAAAUCAACGUUCGAAAUGGCAGUUCUCUUGAUGAAGUGGCUUCCCCUAUGGCUGGUAGACAAGAUUUUACUCCUUCUAGCACGAAUAGUUCUUGGAAACGUCGAGAAGCUUGGACUGAAGAGGCCGAAGAACGGACCCUUAGAGCUGAAGAAUACACAAGGGAGAACCCCGGUUUUAGACAUUGGAGCACUGGAGAAGAUCAAAAAAGCCGAAAUCAAAGUGGUUCCUGCAAUCAAGAGGUUUCUUCCCGGAAAAGUCGAGCUCGUCGAUGGCCAAGUGCUAAGCAUCGAUUCGGUGAUUCUCGCGACUGGUUAUCGUAGUAAUGUCCCCCAGUGGCUCCAGGAAAGUGAAUUCUUCAGCAAAGAUGGCUUCCCAAAAGAGCCAUUCCCAAACAGCUGGAAGGGCAGAUCAGGACUCUAUGCAGUUGGGUUCACAAGGAGAGGGCUGUCUGGCACUUCGUCAGAUGCAAUAAAAAUUGCAGCAGAUAUUAGCCAAGUAUGGAAAGAGGAAACAAAGCAAACAAAGAGGCUUGUGGCUUGCCAUAGGAGAUGCAUCUCACAGAUAUAAGGAAACAACUCUUAUGAAUUCUCUCUCUAAUUGGUGACCCGCUAAUUUAAUUCUUUCUGUCUCUAUUCUGUUGUUAGUUUCUGUUGAUGACACUAACUUUAGAAAUAACAUAAAAAAUAGGGCAGAAGAAGUGCACAUAUCUCUCUCUACUAGAGCCCAGAUUUUAUUAACUGAUUUUAUGGGCCUUUUAUGUAUAGAAAACAGUUGAUGUUGGUGAGGCUUUUUAUUUUAUUUUUUUCUUUUAUCACUUUUGGCAACUUUGUGAAAAGAGUUGAAAGAUUUGCUCGGUAAAAA